CUUUUUUAAAGUACAUGAACCGAAAACAAUGAAAAUAUUAUUUUGUUAUCCUUUAUGUUAUACAAAGUCAUCAAUGUGCAUGAAGCGGAAGAAUGAAAUGCAAUUUGCCACACAUAAUGAGUCCCUGUUGCAUUUGACAACAAUAAUGCAAGCAUCUCUAUGACAACAAUUUGCUUGUAUAAAAUAAAUCAUCGAUAGCCAUGGAGACAUUUCGUUCUGUUAUUUUAUUUUGAUAUAUAUUUUUCCUCAGUCUGUUGUGUCUUAAAAUAAGAGUCUGAAAAAAAAAUUUGUAAUCAUGCCACGAACAAAGCCUACAUUAAAGCUUGGUGUCUAUGGUACUUUUGACAUCAAUCCUGAACAAGCUGUAUCAUCGUAUUUUGAGUCAAAAUUACAAGAUGAACUUUAUAAGUAAGAAUAAAUGUUUUUUUGGAUUUACACAUCCUUCAUUGAAACAUUUUUCCUCUCACUUAAUAGCAAGAAACCAUGCUGGGAUGUUCCACGUGAGGGCCUUCAACAUGAAGCAAUUGAAAAUGAACGUGAAUAUUAUGAAAACUUUGAGCAGCAGGAGAUUUUGAAGAAAAAGGCAGCCAUUCAAAGUAAAAUCAAUGAGAAGCGAAUCGAUGAGAUGCAUUUAACGCAAGCACAGUUGAGAGAAAAGUUCAUUGGUGUGAAUCAGUUUUUAAAGGAAUGCACGAAGAAGACAAAACGUUCGGAAGUUCAAAUUACAGAACAGAAGACGCAACAGGAAGUAUUAAGCGAUGAAAUUGAGGCAAUGCGGCGUGAUACAAUUGAAUUAUCAAUAUUUGAGAAGAAAUUUAGGGAAAUUGUUGAAGAAUUCCAGCCAUACGUUAAUGUAUUUAAUGAAGUCAUUGCACAAUCUGAAUACGAGUCAUUUGAGGAUUUGAUCAAUCACUGUGACUCACUUAUGCUAGCACAAGUGGAGAUUGCCGAGAGAGAACAAGAACUCAUUAAGGGAAUUGAACUCGUUCGACAAAAAAUGGUCGAUUCAACAGCAAAAGCAGCACAACGAAUCAUCGAACUUAAUGAUGAACUUGCUGAGCUUGAGCGAUGCUACAGCCAAGCCAAGUCGGAAACUUUCAAAUGGGAAAAUACUUUAUCGACUGCAAAAGACUAUAUUACAGAGAAUGAGAAGCAAACAAUUACCCUCGUCGAUUCUAUCCAGCAUUUAUAUGAAUUGCUUGCUAAACGUAACGAUGAGAAAACAAAGCUGAAGAAAUUUGAUGUGGGCGCACAGUUGGAUUACAUUCGCGAUGAAAUUGAAAUACUUGAAGAUAUAAUAAAGCGUGCACACCAUAAGAUGGCUAAGGAGGGGCAGAGUAUGCUUGGCGAAGGAAGCAAUCGUUUUCCUAAUGUCGCUGAUAAAGGUUCUAAUUUGUCAGAUUGAGAUGUUGUGUAAGAUGAAAAAAAUUAAUUUUCUUGUGCUUAGCGACAAUUUUUUUUGGAAUGCUUUAAAAUAAUAAAAUUGUGUGUUUUGUGUUUC